AUGAGUAUUUUCAAGUUCAUCAAGUACUGCUUCUGCGACGAGGACAACGACUCUGAGCCUUUCCCUCUUGUGCGCAUCGCCAUGCCAAAGCCAAUGCCCUUGAACGUCACCUCCUACCUGCCCAUCUCGCCCAAGCCCAUUCCUCAGCUGGAUGUCUUUGUCUCCUCCAGCACUUCCUUCGCUAUGUUCGAGCACGAAUCAAUCGCCAGCAUGUGCUCGCGCCACAACUCGUUCACCAGCAACGGUACCUUCGAUGAUGUCGACCUCUCCACUCCUACCAAGUUCGCUCAACCCUCUAAGGCACGCGAGGUCAUCUCUUCUCCCUUCAGCGACCAGCACGAGAUCCAAAACACUCUUUUCGCCCCUGACUCUACCCACAACAUCACCAACAGCGGCGACGAGGUCCCAAACGCUUCGCACCAUGCCUCGGACGCUCUUCUCGUUCCUGGAAAGCAACUCAUCCGUGAUGCCUCUUCUGACGUCGACACCUCCCCUUUCGACGACGAGCACGGAGUUGAGUCAAAGCUCGAGGUUGAAUAUGCUCCCACUACCCCUUCCCCUGAGGACUAUGACACUGAACGUGCUAUGGAGUAUCAGCGUGUUUCGCUUCUCUUCGACCACGGCAGCAUUGAGUGCAACAACGUCCAGCGCGAUGACGCUCUCGCCGUCCUUGAAGGUACAAAGGCCCACUCUACUGAGCCUCUCGACCCCGAGCUCAUGGAGACCAUCGCUAUCAUGAUGGGCCACAGACGCCUUUACUGA